AUUAAAAAAAAAAAAAAAGAAUAUAGAGAGAGAAAAGGCGACAAUACCAAGAGAGGAAUAUCAGAUCAUAUUCAGACGGAAAAGCAGAGUUAAAUAAAACAGAGAGAUAAGAACAAAGCUUUUACGCAAAAACCUCAGCAGCUACUAUGGCUAUGUACUCUCACCUUCUCCGACGUGCCACCACUUCACGUUUCUCACUCUCUCUGUCGUCCUCCUCCAACCUCGGACGAGCCUUUCUCACCACCGCUUCAUGUUACUCACUCUCUCCGUCGUCGUCCUCCGUUGCUCCAACCUCCAACCUCGGAGGAGCCUCACUCACCUCCGCUUCAGGUUACGCACUCUCUCCGUCGCCCUCCUCCAUUGCAUCUGUGUCCACGGUGCUGAAGAGAGGGAGUUUAACGGAAGCAACUCGAGCUCCGGCGAGGCUGUUCUCGACGAGCAAGUACAAGCUUUACGACGACGGCGAUGAAAUCACGGAAAAUACUGUUCUCUUCGAAGGGUGUGACUACAAGCACUGGCUCAUCGCCAUGGAUUUCCCCAAGGACAAUCCUUUGUCUCCCGAGGAAAUGGUCUCUACCUACGAGAACACUUGUGCCGCUGGGCUUGGUAUCAGCUUGGAAGACGCAAAGAAGAAGAUCUAUGCUUGUAGUACAACCACCUACAAAGGCUUCCAAGCGAUUAUGACUGAAGAAGAAUCAGACAAGUUCAAGGGAUUGCCCGGAGUAGUCUUUACAUUGCCUGAUUGCUACAUUGAUGACGUGAAGAAAGAGUAUGGAGGGGACAAAUACGAUAAUGGAGUUAUCACACACAGGCCACCACCAGUACCCAUCCACUAUAACAAAAGAAGCCCUCUCCUUGGUCUGCAACCACCAACUGAUUACUAAGGAAUCUCGCAUCUAAUCUCUCGAUGUCGCGUGUUUUUAGUUGUGCUCUCAAGGUGUCUACUGACAUCUUUUCAAAUAUUGGAGCCUUGUGUUUCUUUCUUUUGACUACUCUGCUCUUUGUUGGGAUCGCAUCCCCUUGGCCGUUAUGGCUGGUACUUUGUCUGAACCUCCAUGGUUUCUCUUAAA